AGCACUUGGUAUUCAAUCAAAACGUCAGAUGGGGGCAAGGGACUAUCUGUGGGGCAGCUAAUAGCAUGAAGGGACCAAGAGCAUGGCAUGCAGACAGCAACUGUUGCUGAGUUCCCCCGGCUAUCAGGAAUAGAUCUGACAAGCAAUUAGAGCAUGAAUAUAUUACACAGCCUAUAGGGGAUGCCUUUGUUAAAACUUGCGACCCAUACUUAGCUGUUUACUCAGGCUGCAGCAUGGAGGGUGAGCAAGAUCCUACCUGCCUGUCUGUCUCUCUUUCCCCUUGCUGAGGUUGCUGGCUAGCUCUGCAUCUCAUUGGAUAUUUCAAAUGCUUUCUGCACAAGUCAUAAUUAAUGCCGAGUCGUGGAGCUGAGACCAGAUGUGCUGCUGAGAUUAUCUCCCAGGGCAGACCGGCUGCUCUCUGCUUUCCAGCGUUGGGUGCAUGGAAGGCUGCCAGUGCUGGGACUCAGAAUGUGUCUGAUGCCUGAAGUCAGGACUUUCUUUCUCUGCCGCUCCUGCUGUCUGACGCUGCCUGGCUUCUGCUUGAAGCUCAGUGCCUGCCAUGUAGCUGAAUGCUGCACAAGAACCAGAGGGAUCUUCGGGCAGCGAUUGGAAGACACGGUGCAAUACGAGCGGAAGUAUGGCCUGCGGCUGGCCCCACUGCUGGUGGAGCAAUGUGUGGAUUUUAUCCGGGAGCGAGGCCUCACCGAAGAAGGGCUCUUUCGCAUGCCUGGUCAAGCCAACCUUGUCAAGGACCUGCAGGAUUCAUUUGAUUGUGGAGAGAAGCCCCUCUUUGACAGGUGAGUUGGUAUCUUAGUUGCUCAAGGCG